AUGGCGAGUGAGAACACGCCCCUCCUCCCAGAACCCACACCCAGCUCGCCGCGCAGGUCGGGCCGCCGCACAAGCCUGUCCAACUGGCCUGUACCAUUCUUGAAUCGCAACGGCAGCAGCAGCGGCGAUGCAGCACCCAAGCAAACCGAACAGCGCCGCACAUAUGCCCUGUACGCUCUCCUCCUUAUCCUCGGUGUGGGCGUCGGUGUGGGCGGUACACUCCUCAUCGAGCACCCCCCAAAGACCAGGCCGCCCAUGGUUCCGCCCGUCUACUCGUUGCCACCGCCCACGGGUCUCCCCCGCAACCCCGCUUACCUGAUGGGCCCCGGCAAGGCCGCGGUGGCCAGCGAGGACAUUACGUGUUCCGACCUGGGUCUGGCCAUUCUGCGCGACAAGAAUGGCACCGCCGUCGACGCUGCCAUCACGUCGACACUGUGUGUCGGUCUGCUCAAUGGAUUCAGUGCUGGCAUCGGCGGCGGCGGGUUUGCGCUUGUUAGCAUCCCCCCAGCGACGGCCGACGACGACGCCGAGUCCCCCGCCCACGGCGACCCUGAGGAUGAAUACGCCUUUGACGUCAAGGAUCACGAGAACGCCGAGGACGAUGGCGGCGUGCUCUUCCAGAAUGGCGCCGCUGCGGCUGCUGCUGGCAAGAACAAGCCCAAACCUCCAGCACGGCCGAAUGUCAUGGCCAUUGACUUUCGAGAGACGUCGCCGGCUGCGUCCACUGCCAAAAUGUACAAGAAGGACCGCGGGGCAUCGCAGGUCGGCGGACUGGCCGUCGGAGUCCCCGGCGAGCUGCGCGGUCUCGAGGCAGCGCACAAGCUGUAUGGCAAGGUUCCCUGGGCCGAGCUCGUGCAGCCGGUCGCCGACCUGGCACGCCAGUGGCAAGUGAGCCGCGAGCUUGCGCGCCGUAUCCGCAUCUUUGGCACGUUCAUGCUGGACGACCCCGUCUGGGCCGAGGUGUAUGCACCCAAGGGUACGUUGCUGGUCGAGGGCGACUGGAUCAGCCGACACAAGUAUGCCGACACGCUCGAGGUUAUCGCGCGCGAGGGUCCCGGAGCCCUGUACACUGGGGCCAUUGCCGACGAUAUCGUCAACACU